AUGUCCGUGACCGGCGGCACUUGGCACCCUGGACCUAACCUUGAACUGCCCCAUUACGCCCCGCGAGAUCCCAUGGCGCACACUCCGAUUAACGAAGACGAUAUCAUAGACCAAGUCAAACAUGGACAUGGCCAUUCGUCGCUCAAGGUUACCCCUAUCCAUUCUCCAUCGACUUCUCGCCGUGGAUCUGGCGUUAUCACAACUCCAACUGGCGAGAAAGUUACGUUUCACACCAGAACUGCAGAGGAACGAGAUGGUACACUUCCUCAUGCGACGGCAAAGUCGAUGGCCGACCACCUCGAAAAGUACACGAAUCUGUUCACGCUCAGUCCCCAAAGAAUGAGAAUGAUCGUAGACGCGUUUGAAGAGACGCUCGAUAAAGGUCUACAGGAAUGGGAACAAGUCAUUCCAAUGUUCCCUACGUGGGUAUUCGGCACGCCAAAAGGAACGGAAUCUGGUGAUUACCUCGCACUCGACCUCGGAGGUACGAACCUGCGUGUCUGCCUCGUUUCGCUGCUGGGUGGCUGCAAGUUUGAAAUCACACAAACAAAGUACAGACUCACAGAGGAGCAAAAGCAAGAAGACGGGUGCAAGCUCUUCGACUUUUGUGCUGAAUGUAUCAAGGAGUUUAUCGACACUCACUUGCCAAAUGUCACACACGACAAUCCGAUCGUAAUUGGGUUCACGUUCUCGUACCCAUGCCUACAAGAGCGAAUUGAUCAUGGCAUUCUUAUUCGCUGGACCAAGGGAUUUGGUGCCCCAAACGUAGAGGGUCAUGACGUGGGGGAAAUGUUCAAGGAAUCUCUGAAGAAGUUCAACGUGCCUGCGGUCAUGACAGCUCUACUAAACGACACGACUGGAGCCCUCAUCGCUUCCCAAUAUGUACGACCGAAGACCAAAAUCGCUGUGAUUCUCGGAACGGGCUGUAACGCUGCCUAUUCUGAAGAUAUCAAAUCCAUUGGGAAACUCAAGGACAAGAAUCUCGACCCUGAUGAUGUCGUCGCUAUCAACUGUGAAUGGGGAGCAUUCGAUUCGGACUUCCAUCAACACCUCCCGAGAACAAAAUACGACAUUCACAUCGACGAGCACUCGAACAAACCAGGCGAACAGGCCUUUGAGAAGAUGAUAUCUGGACGCUAUCUAGGCGAAAUCUUCAGACUUGUCAUCAUGGAACUUGUUGACGAAGGGGCCAUGUUCCUGGGACAGAACACUUACAAACUGGAAGCACCUUACUCGCUCGAUACGGCCUUCCUGUCGCUCAUGGAAUCUGAUCCGACGGACGAGCUAUUGACCAUUAUUGGAAUCUUCAACCAUUUCUAUGGACUCGAGACUACUCUGGCGGAGCGGCAAUUCUUUAGAGCUCUAGCAAGGCUGAUAGGUAGACGGGCCGCUAGAUUAGCCGCGUGUGGUAUUGCCGCCAUUGUCAGGAAGAAGGGAUAUCUGGAAGAGGGAUGCGAAGUCGGUGCUGAUGGAUCUCUUUACAAUAAAUACCCCGGAUUCGCGCAGCGUAUUCAUCAAGGGCUAGUGGACGUUCUUGGGGCAAAGGGAAAAAACAUUACAACUUAUCAUGCAGAAGACGGCAGCGGUGCUGGUGCUGCUAUCAUUGCUGCGAUGACAAAGGCACGAAAGGACGCUGGAAAAUAUCCAAAUCUCUGA